AUGAAGCGAGGUACCAAGCAGGCGGAUAUUGAGAAUAAAGAAACCAAGCAGGGAGGGGAAAAGAAAGCAGAGCCACCAGGGCAGAGCACGACGCCAGUCCUAUACAAGUCUAGUGCGUGGCGUGCCCUGGCGCUGGUGGCGGGUGCUGGUCCCUGGGCCGGUUUGUUGAUGUCAUCGCCGACGAAGAUGCAAAGUGUCGGCUGCGGACUGGUGACUGGUGACUGUGUCGCGACAGUCAACUGUGUGGACGGCGUGAACUCUGUGGAGACAUGGAAUCCAAAUAAACCUGAAGUUUUGGGGCGUGGACCCAAGUUUUAG